AUGCGGUCUGCCCGGGGAACGAGCCACCCAGCCAGGCCGAUGGUGCCCAGCCUGGUCCCGAGCCCGGUGGUCCCGAGCCUGGUCCCGAGCCUGGUCCUGGGCUGCGUGUGUUUGUGCGCGUUGGGAGUGGUUGGGGAGGAGAGGGAGGAGAGGGAGGAGAGGGAGGAGAGGGAGGGGAGGGAGGAGAGGAAGGAGAGGGAGGAGAGGGAGGAGAGGGAGGAGAGGGAGGAGAGGGAGGAGAGGGAGGAGAGGAAGGGGAGGGAGGAGAGGAAGGAGAGGGAGGAGAGGGAGGAGAGGGAGGAGAGGGAGAAGAGGGAGGCGAGGAAGGAGAGGGAGGCGAGGAAGGAGAGGGAGGAGAGGGAGGAGAGGGAGGCGAGGGAGGAGAGGGAGGCGAGGGAGGAGAGGGAGGAGAUGGAGGCGAGGAAGGAGAGGAAGGAGAGGGAGGAGAGGAAGGAUAGGAAGGAGAGGGAGGAGAGAAAGGAGAGGGAGGAGAGGGAGGAGAUGGAGGAGAGGGAGGAGAGGGAGGAUAGGGAGGAGAGGGAGGAGAGGGAGGAGAGGGAGGAGAGGGAGGCGAGGAAGGAGAGGGAGGCGAGGAAGGAGAGGGAGGAGAGGGAGGAGAGGGAGGCGAGGGAGGAGAGGGAGGAGAUGGAGGCGAGGAAGGAGAGGAAGGAGAGGGAGGAGAGGAAGGAUAGGAAGGAGAGGGAGGAGAGAAAGGAGAGGGAGGAGAGGGAGGAGAUGGAGGAGAGGGAGGAGAGGGAGGAUAGGGAGGAGAGGGAGGAGAGGGAGGAGAGGGAGGAGAGGGAGGAGAGGGAGGAGAGGCAGGAGAUGGAGGAGAGGGAGGAGAUGGAGGAGAGGGACGAGGGGAGGGUGGGGGAGGGGAAGCAGAGUAUGUGA